GAAAUUUUAAUUUGACUAAAACAAUAAAAAGUAGCAAACUUUUACUUUCGGUUUUUAACUUCUUUGUUUUACCCAUUGUUUUAAUGCCAAUCAGAAUUAAGUAUAAAUUGUUAAUUAUUUUUUUAGAACAGCACAUUCAUUUCGAUAUCUUUCUCAUACGGAGAAGUCAAUUAAGAAACAAAGGAAGAAAAUAUAAAAAUGCGUGAUUUUAUUGUUUUAUGUUUGGUGGCCGUUGCUUGUGCCGAUAAGUUGGGUUACAACUAUCAACCUGUAGGCCACUCUAAUUCUGGUCUAUCUUUUAACCCUGGUUCUGGUGUAGGUGGUGGUGAUUUUGGUUCAUCAUCCAAUGUUGCUUCCAACUAUGCUGGUGAUUUCCCCACUGCCUCCCAUGAUGCUCCAGCAUAUGCUCCUCAAGCUGAAUUAGACAAAGAGUUCUUCACCUACACUGCUAAUGAUGAAGAUUUCCAUGAUCCAGCUGCUUCCAACCAAUUGGCCAACUCUGUGAAACAAGGUCUCCGUGUCAUCUUCAUCAAGGGCCCUGAAAACAAGGGACUCGAAGAUGCUGCUCUUGCCUUGGCUAAACAAGCUGCUGAACAAAAGACCGCUAUCUAUGUAUUGAACAAACAAGCCGAUCUCGGUAGCUUGGCUGACAAAUUGAACAACAUCAACAAGAACAGCAACAACAAACCCGAAGUGCACUUUGUCAAAUACCGUACUCCCGAAGAUGCUGCCAAUGCUCAGAAAGCGAUUCAAGGUCAAUAUGAUGCUUUGGGCGGUCGCUCUAACUCUCAUGAUGGUGGUGUGGCUCCUGUAUUGAACUUUGCCUCCAAGGCUCCAGUUGCUAGCCACAGUGCUGAAGGUUCUGCACCCUCUUCUUCUUACAUUCCUCCCGGUCCCGGUGCCUCCUACUUGCCUGCUUCCAUUUUCCGUGCUUAGAUAAUUUUUUUUCAAAGUUUCAAUAUUAAUUUAUUGAUAUUCACUUUGAAAAAGGACUGAUGUUAUACACAUAUUUUCGUGUGUACUUGUUGUUUUAUUUGUUAAUUUGUUUUAAUUUUAUUAUUAUUUAAAAGAAAUUAAAUAAAAAGUAUUAAGUUUUUUAAAAAUAUUUUCUAGAAACCGAAAAA